UUCGCCUUUUUGUCUGCAAAAACCCCACUUCCAAAUAUAAUUUUGAAGUGAUUUCCACAAUUUGCGCCAAAAUCGCCUUUCUUUUCGAACAAGUUGAAGCACAUUCCCCAACAGGUGUUCAAUUAGGAAUAUCGUCAAAAAGAACGCCAUGGAAAAAACCAGAUGCAGGUAAUAUGAGUAGUUUGUGAGUCGAGAUAAAUGGUAGUGGGGGUUAUUUUGGGUUGAAAAGUAUCAAAUGGAGAACAUUUCGUCAAAGAGAGAAGUUGAACUCAAAGAGGACAAGCAGUCUGUUACCCAUUUAAAAUACGAGGAUUAUUCUGGGAGUUAUAACAGGACUGGUUUUAGGGUUGUGAUUGGGGUGGUGGUUCCAUUGUUUGUGAUAGGGUUUGUGGCGGGCGCUUUUAUUCUGGUGGCAGUUCACAAUGGUACAUUGCUGUUUGUUCUGAUGGGUUUGUUUGUAGCUGUUGUGGGGAUUUUGGUAUGGAAUGCUUGGAGAGGAAGUAGUGCAGGUAUUGCUUUUUUGUUGGGUUAUUCUGAUUCAGAGCUGGAGAGAGCCACGGAUGGGCAGUAUGUGAAGGUCACUGGGGUUGUCAGCUGUGGAAGUGCCCCUCUUGAGUCAUCAUAUGAAAAGAUUUCUAGAUGCAUCUACACAUCAACAGGCCUGUAUGAGUACCGGGGAUGGAAAGUGAAUUCUGUAAACCCUAAGCAUCGGCAGUUUUCUUGGGAACUGACAUAUUUAGAGAGAUAUGUCACAGAUUUCUACAUAUCAGACUUGCAGUCGGGCACAAGAGUAUUGGUCAAAGCUGGCAAUGGUGCAAAAGUUACCCCAUAUAUUGAUGAGACUACCAUCAUCAAUAUUGUCCAGAAGAAAACAGAGUUGUCCUUUGAUCUUAUAAAUUGGCUGAGGGAAAGAAAUCUUUCAAGUGAUGAUCGCCUCAUGCGUCUCAAAGAAGGAUAUGUCAAGGAAGGAAGUACAAUCAGCGUAAUGGGUGUAGUUAGGCAUAUUGAUAAUGUUGUUACAAUUGUUCCCCCAUCAGAGCCAAUAUCUACAGGAUGCCAGUGGUUGAAGUUUUUCCUACCUGCAAGCAUUGAAGGAAUUGUUUUGAGAUAUGAAGAAGCUUUAAUUCAGAAUGUCGAACCUGUAUAGCAUGUAGCAAACUUGCAUGCUUUUGCCUGUACAGUCCAAAGUUUGACUACAGUGAAAAACCUCCCCUGUUUUUAUUUCUCUCUGCCAUGAGGGUAUGCAUUUGGUCUUUUAAAAUAAUUGGGAAAGAGCAUCUUGUAGUUCUUAGCUUCUGCUAUAGAAGUAUUGAACAUUGGGUAACUUCCAAAAUCGGUUGGUAAUUUGGUUACCUCAGGAAAAGCUAAUCUAAAAAGGCCAAGGUUGAGCGUUCUUUCAAAGUUGUAAUCUUACUGGAUGUAUCAUUUACCACUGAAGCUUUUAUUUGUAAGAAAAAGGUAUCUUGUUUUCUGUAGCAAAGAAAAUAUAGAACUUUUUGUCCAAUGGAUAUACUGAUAUAUCCACCUUAAUAUCUUAGUACAAUUAAAUUUUUUCUUAA